ACUCUUGCUUGCUUAUCACAUGUCAAUUUCCUGAUCAAGCUCAAGGGAUGAAGAACGGGAACAAGAUGACUUCCAGUUCCACAAUGAUGCUGAUCUCUGUGCUCAUUGUUGUGCUGGUAACACCAAGAUCAGAUGGGGCAUAUCUGGAGCAGCAAUGGUGUGUAGCUGAUGAACAAACACCAGAUGAUGUUCUACAGAUGGCUAUGGAUUGGGCAUGUGGUAUUGGGGGUGCAGACUGCAGGAUGAUCCAACGAAACAAGCCCUGCUACCUUCCCAACACUGUCAGGGACCAUGCAGCCUAUGCCUUCAACAGCUACUGGCAGAAAUUCAAAAACUAUGGAGGUUCUUGUUACUUCAAUGCUGCUGCCAUCGUCACCGACUUGAACCCAAGUCAUGGUUCAUGUCACUUUGAGUCACUUCCCUGAUGCUAAGAAGUCAUACCAUGAUAAAGCUUUUCAUUUGUUCCCUUCAUGAUGCUUAAGCUGAUCAUCUUUUUGGGCAAAACUCUCCCUUAGUCUGAAAAAACAAGGCUAGGCAACAGAAUAUGAAAUUUACUUAUGUAAAUUCUUUAUGUUUGUCAUCAUAUCAUUAUAGAUGUUUAGAUAUCAACUUAAGGUGUUUUCUAUGAUCUAAGAAACAAGGGUAAUUGAUAAAUGCCAUUUUGUUGUGGUUUACUAUGUACUAUUGAUCAAAAUUUAAUUUUCACGUGAAUAAUCACAUUAUUGUAAUUUUUGCA